AUGGUGGAUGACGUUAGCACCGGCCUAGUAACAAAAACAUUAUCACCCUCACACCCAAUACCAAAAUGGAAAACAAUAUGCCGACGAAUAAAGCGAGCAGCAGACGGCGACGGCAAGUGCCCAGAAUGUGAGAAACCACGCGUCUCCUACUGGUGUCAACAAUGUGAGUCAAAACGCUUACGAAGAAAGUUUAAUGAGUGGACGAGCGGCAAUGAAAAUAUCGAUAAGUUUCUGCAAUCGACGCAAUUUAAUGCUCCAAGACAC